UGAACUUUACUCUGUCCAUAUAUUUCCUUGUUCCUUCCCCUUCAGAUCUACAGUUUGAAGAUGGGUGGAACCAACAUGUGGUGAAGUGCAAGAGCUGACAGGCCCCGUUCACUGCAGAAACAGAUGUUGUUAAGAUCAGAGCUCAAACUAGUUUCGGUUCUAAGAAAGUGAAACUCAGACAGUCGUUGCCACUGAGAGGUGAAAUGGCGCAGAAAGGAGUUCAGCUGGACCUGGAAACCUUUUCCUGUGCGAUCUGUCUGGAUCUACUGAAGGAUCCGGUGGCUGUUCCCUGUGGACACAGCUACUGCAUGAACUGUAUUAAAAGCUUCUGGGAUGAAGAGGAUGAGAAGAAAAUCCACAGCUGCCCUCAGUGUAGGCAGACCUUCACACCGAGGCCUGUCCUGGUGAAAAACACCAUGUUAGCAGCUUUGGUGGAGGAGCUGAAGAAAACUGGACUCCAAGCUGCUCCUGCUGAUCCCGGCUAUGCUGGACCUGAAGAUGUGGCCUGUGAUGUCUGCACUGUGAGAAAACUGAAAGCUCUGAAAUCCUGCUUGGUGUGUCUGGCAUCUUACUGUGAGACACACCUACAGCCCCAUUUUAAAUCACCUACAUUUGAAAAACACAAGCUGUUGGACCCCUCCAAGAAGCUCCAGGAGAACAUCUGCUCUCGUCAUGAUGAAUUGAUGAAGAUGUUCUGCCGCACUGAUCAGCAGUGUAUCUGUUAUCUCUGCUCUGUGGAUGAACAUAAAGGCCACGACACAGUCUCAGCUGCUGCAGAAAGGACUGAGAGGCAGAGAGAGCUGGAGCUGAGUCGACAACAAAUCCAGCAGAGAAUCCAGGACAGAGAGAGAGAUGUGAAGGUGCUUCAACAGGAGGCGGAGGCCAUCAAUCGCUCUGCUGAUAAAGCAGUGGAGGAUAGUGAGAAGAUCUUCACUGAGCUGAUCCAUCUCAUCGAGAAAAGAAGCUCUGGUGUGAAGCAGCGGAUCAGAUCCCAGCAGAAAACUGAAGUGAGUCAAGUCAAAGAGCUUCAGGAGAAGCUGGAGCAGGAGAUCAAUGAGCUGAAGAGGAAAGACGCUGAGCUGAAGCAGCUCUCACACACAGAGGAUCACAACCAGUUUCUACGCAACUACCCCUCAUUGUCAGGACUCAGUCAAUCUACAGACUCAUCCAGCAUCAAUAUCCGUCCUCUGAGGUACUUUGAAGACGUGACAGCAGCUGUGUCAGAGGUCAGAGAUAAACUACAGGACAUUCUGACUGAGAAAUGGACAAACAUCUUAAUGACAGUGACUGGAGUGGAUGUUUUGCUGCCACAACCGGAGCCCAAGACCAGAGCUGGAUUCUUAAAAUAUUCACAGGAAAUCACACUGGAUCCAAACACAGCACACACAGGUCUGUUAUUAUCUGAGGGAAACAGAAAAGCAACAUUAAUGAAACAACAUCAGUCUUAUCCUAGUCACCCAGAAAGAUUCACUAAAUAUUUUCAGGUCCUGAGUAGAGAGAGUCUGAUUGGACGUUGUUACUGGGAGGUGGAGUGGAGAAGAAGAGUUUAUGUAGCAGUCGCAUACAAGGAUAUAAGGAGAACGGGGAGAUCGGAUGAAUGUGUAUUUGGAUUCAAUAACAAAUCUUGGACAUUAAAUUGUGACCAAAUGGGUUAUACGUUCUGGUAUAACAGCAUCAAGACUCCAGUCUCAGGUCCUCAGUCCUCCAGAGUAGGAGUGUACCUGGAUCACAGUGCAGGUAUUCUGUCCUUCUACAGUGUCUCUGAAACCAUGACUCUCCUCCACAGAGUCCAGACCACAUUCACUCAGCCUCUCUAUGCUGGACUGUGGUUUAGUGGAUAUAAAGGAACCAAUGCUGAGUUCUGUGAACUCAAAUAGAAAGAAGUCAUUUAAGGGACAGUUGGUCAAAAUCUGUGUUUUAGUUCAUCCGUUUAUUUGGUCUCCAUGUUUGUUGCUAAAAGUUCAUUGCUGUUGUGCUUCUGCGCUGCACGGAGAUCACCUGUCAAUCAAACAUUAUGGGUGGUACUUUGGCAUCUUCUCCUUUAUCGUCCUGUUGAUGUUUGACUUUCUUUAGGUGGAGCUGGAGCCUCGGAGGAGAUCACUGCUCAUGAUGAUUUUUGUUUACGUAAACUUAUGUUUCUCCACGUGAAAAUGUAAACUUCUCUCUUCUCUAAAUGUUUGUUGAAUAUUUGUAUUGAUGUAUUUGUAUGUUGUUGUUUCUCUUCCGCUGCAUGAACCUGAACAGACAAAUCACCAGACCUUACUUUAUCUGAGAUAUUUAGUUCUCACUGUGAAAAGAAAGAAAGCUAUAAUUACAUUUAUAUUAAUGCGUUUGUCAGAUCAAAUGUUGUCUUUGCACAAAUCGGCUUACAAAGAAGAUGCUCUGAUGUAUUAUAAAACUGUAUUCAUCGUGGUUAUAGUCAAUAAGGAGAUACUUCAUUAUUUAUACUGAACUGUCAACAAAGAAAUGCAUCUAAAACAGUCAUGAUUAAGGUUCCUGACAACAUCAAAGAUAAAGUUAAUCCAACUGUUAUAAAAAGAAAUAAGUUUUUAUUAUAAUGUCAGUAAUUAUAUUUGAAAAUGUGCAUUCAGUUAAAUCAGAAUAAACAUAUUCAAUUGAACCAAAGUUGGCUGAAAUACAAGAAUUCACAGAGAAUCACAUCUUGAAUUUGACAGGAUUCAUAUUUUCCACCUUAUCUUAUAACGUUAUUCAUAUGCCCAUAUGUAGAGGCAGUGAAAGAGGUAUUGAUUGCUGUCAUCUUUCCAACUGUCCAAUGAUGGAAGUUAUAUACACAUUUCUACUUUACUCUACUACAUUUUAGAGGGGAACAUUGUUCUUUUUUCUCCGCUACACGUCUUUCACAGCUGUAGUUACUUUGCAGAGUCAGAUUAAUGAUACAGAUCACAGUCAAGAAAUAAAUUGUGAUGUAUCAUCGUAGGUAAUACAAGAUUCAAAAACUACCCAGAAGUAUAUGAAGUCAUUAAAAUUAGUCCCACCUUUAGCAGCUGCAACAUUAAAGUGAUGUUUACACAUGAAUGCGUCAGUGAUUAAAAUCCAAUAAUCUAAUAUACAUAAUUCUGAAAGGAGCCAUUCUGCAUAAUGAGUUCUUUUACAUUUGAUACUUUACCAAUAUGUUUUGAUGAUGCUUAUAC